AUGCUCUUGCUCCCCUUGCUGGUCCUGUCGGCUUGUGUCUGCCACGCGCAGGCUAAGGGCGUCUUUGCCCAUUUCAUGCUCGGCAACAGCGACAACUACACCAAAGCCGACUGGCGACAAGACAUCCAAGCAGCCAAGGACGCACACCUGGACGCCUUCGCCCUCAACACCGGCUGGGGCAUCAACACGAGAGACCUCCUCGACGACGCAUUCUCCAUCGCCGAUGAGGUCGGCUUCAAGCUCUUCCUGUCCCUCGACUACUCCGGCGACGGCCACUGGCCGGAAGACCAAGUCGUCAACGUGCUCAAGGCCUACACCAACAAGACGGCCUACUACCGGCACCGCGAUGACAAGCCGCUUGUCUCGACCUUCGAGGGCGCCCAGGCCGCCGGCGACUGGCAGGGCAUCAAGAAGAAGGUCGACUGCGUGUUCAUCCCGGACUGGUCGUCGCUGGAGCCGAAGGUGUCGUUGGGGCGGGCGGCCGUCGACGGGUUGAUGAGCUGGAGUGCCUGGCCCGAGGGCACGCAUGAUAGCAACACCACGGUGGAUAAGAAGUACAUGGACGCGCUGGACGGCAAGCCGUAUAUCAUGCCGGUGUCGCCGUGGUUCUAUACCAAUAUGGAGCGGUACCAUAAGAACUGGGUGUGGAAGGGGGACGAUAUCUGGUACAAGCGGUGGGAGGAGGUGCUGGAGAUGGACCCGGAGUAUGUGGAGAUCAUCUCGUGGAACGACUACGGCGAGUCGCAUUACAUCGGGCCGAUUCACGAGCGGAGUCUGAAUGUGUUCGACGACGCCGAGGCGCCGUAUGAUUAUGCGAAGGGCAUGCCGCACGACGGGUGGCGGGCUUUCUUGCCGUACGUGAUCGAGCUGUACAAGAACCCCGGGCGGGACGCGAAGAUCGAAAACGAAGGCAUCGUGUCGUGGUACCGCGUCAACCCGUCGUCUGUGUGCUCAGACGGCAAGACGACCGGGAACACGGAGACGCAGGCGCAGAAGACGUACAAGCCCGAGGAGGUCCUGCAGGAUAAGAUCUUCUACUCGGCGCUGUUGGAAGAGCCAGCGGACAUCACGGUCAGUAUUGGCGGGGAUAACAAGACGGCGACGUGGGACGAUAAGCCGGAUGGGAGUAAAGGCAUCUACCACGGGAGUAUCGACACGGGGAAGAAACUGGGCGAAGUGGUGGUGACGUUAUCGCGGGAUAAGCAGUUCCUGGCGCAGAUGAAGGGGAAGACCAUCACGGACAAGUGCGACAGGAACCUGACGAACUGGAACGCGUGGGUGGGCAACGCUACGUCGACUGGGGAAUUGGCCGCGAAGCACUCGUCGUCGUCGGGGGAUGAUAAGGAUUCGUCGUCGACGCGAGUGGUGGUGGGGGGAUUGCUUCAGGCGGCGGUGGUCUGGAUGGUGUUCUUCAAUCUGGCAUGA